GGCGGGUUUUACGGUGUGGACGGCAGAGAGGUACGGCAAGAGUGUGUAGUACGAAGAGCAGCCAACUUCCGCUCGCCGCCGAGGUGUGAAUAAAAAGUUACAAAGAUAGAUACCGUGUGGGGUUGGGCCUCUGCCCCGCUGCGCCUAGCGGCCAACAGAAUGGGUGACGUACUAAUAUCGGAUCGGCCACCGUCACCGGCGAGCAGACUAUCACACACCUCGGAGAAGCAUCCCCGGGUGACGUUGCAGGAGCUGAACGUGCUGCGCCGUCACCGGGAGCUCUGCGAUGUCGUUAUCAACGUGAAGGGACGCAAAAUCUUCGCACAUCGCGUCAUCCUGUCCGCCUGCAGUCCCUACUUCCGGGCAAUGUUUACGGGAGAGUUGGAAGAAUCGCGCCAAACGGAAGUUACCAUCUGCGACAUCGACGAAAAUGCGAUGGAACUGUUGAUUGACUUUUGCUACACAUCCCACAUCGUGGUGGAAGAGUCGAACGUGCAACCAUUACUGCCGGCCGCCUGUCUACUGCAGCUCGCCGAAAUACAGGACAUAUGUUGCGAGUUUCUCAAGCGCCAGCUCGAUCCGGAAAACUGUCUCGGCAUCAGGGCGUUCGCGGAUACACACUCGUGCCGGGAACUGUUACGAAUUGCGGACAAAUUCACCCAACACAACUUCCAGGAGGUGAUGGAGAGUGAAGAAUUUCUGUUGCUUCCGGUCGGACAGUUGGUGGACAUUAUAUGUAGCGAUGAGCUGAACGUACGUUCGGAGGAGCAAGUUUUCAAUGCCGUUAUGGCGUGGCUAAAGUAUAACGUUGCCGAUCGAAGACAGCAUUUGGCGCAGGUGCUGCAACACGUCCGGAUGCCACUGCUUAGUCCAAAGUUUCUUGUCGGUACGGUUGGUUCGGAUUUGCUGGUACGAUCCGAUGAAGCUUGCCGGGAUUUGGUGGAUGAAGCGAAGAACUAUCUGCUGCUACCACAGGAACGUCCGCUAAUGCAAGGACCUCGCACACGUCCCCGGAAACCUACCCGCCGCGGAGAGGUACUGUUUGCGGUUGGUGGUUGGUGUUCGGGUGAUGCGAUUGCUUCCGUGGAACGAUUCGAUCCGGAAACGGCCGACUGGAAGAUGGUGGCACCGAUGAGUAAGCGACGCUGUGGUGUUGGUGUAGCUGUGCUGAACGAUCUGCUGUACGCGGUCGGUGGACACGAUGGGCAAAGUUAUCUGAACAGCAUCGAACGGUACGAUCCGCAGACGAACCAGUGGUCGUGUGAUGUGGCACCGACUACCAGCUGUCGCACCAGUGUUGGGGUGGCCGUGUUGGAUGGUUUCCUGUACGCGGUCGGUGGGCAGGAUGGUGUGCAGUGUUUGAAUCACGUCGAACGAUACGACCCGAAAGAGAACAAAUGGUCCAAGGUAGCGCCAAUGACGACACGACGACUUGGAGUCGCGGUGGCUGUGCUUGGCGGCUAUCUGUACGCGAUCGGUGGUUCGGAUGGACAGUGUCCGUUAAAUACAGUCGAACGAUACGACCCACGGCAGAACAAAUGGUGCGCCGUUAGUCCAAUGUCGACGCGAAGGAAACAUCUUGGCUGUGCGGUGUUUAACAACUUUAUCUAUGCGGUGGGAGGACGCGACGAUUGUAUGGAACUGUCGUCGGCGGAGCGGUACAAUCCACACACCAACUCCUGGAGCCCGAUCGUCGCGAUGACGUCCAGACGCAGUGGGGUUGGACUAGCGGUAGUUAACGGUCAAUUGUAUGCCGUCGGUGGCUUUGACGGUACUGCCUAUCUGAAGACGAUCGAGGUAUACGAUCCGGAAACGAAUCAGUGGCGCCUGUGCGGCUGCAUGAACUAUCGCCGGCUCGGUGGUGGUGUCGGUGUGAUGCGUGCACCCCAAACCGAGAACUACAUGUGGAUUCGCAAAGAUUCCGUUGUUUAACAUACACACAAAACACAUUCGGCCAGCAUUCUGUUCUACG